CCGGCAAUAGUCUUUACAAUACACCUUGAGUCAAAUCGAAUUUCACUGUUCUUCCGACUAUAGUGUUGAAGACUUAUAUCUGGUUCAAUAGUGUUUGAAAAAAAAAUCAUUAUGUAUUUCAAAAGUGCAAUUAUCCUUUCCGCAUUGUACUUCGUGACCGUGACACAGAGCAUCGGAAUCGACGGGAAUCAAAUCAAAAAAAUUAAAAAUUUAUACGAUAAUCUCGUUAACGAAAUAGAGCACCUUUCCAAGGAAAAUAUGGAAAAUAUGGGAAGUAGUAUUGGCAUGGAUAAUAUGUUAGAAUUUGUUUACCGAGAAAAUGUAUCCAACGAUCGAAAAUUACUAGAUUUUUUGUUAUUUGUGGCCAAUUACGAUAAACAAGAUGACAUCUUGGAGAAUCGAAGUAUAUCAUCCUACGAAACAAGACUUUACUUGGGGCUGUUCAGGGAUAUUGACCAAAUGGGCAAUCACGAUGGUCUACUUGGCCACGCUGAUGUUAAAAAUGUCAUUGAAGCUUUAGAUCUAAAAAAUUGGUCUACUCAUCGUAGUAAUUCCCGUUCACUCAGUGAACGUUUGCUACAUUCAUUAAAACGUGGUCCCAAAAUUAACGCAUUGGAGUUCUUAAACCGGAUAUGGAUAGCAAAACCAGAUGGCAAUGGUCUAGACCAAAAGCAGGUUCAGGUACUGAUAGAUUUCCAUAAUGGUAACAUAAAUAAUGGUCAUAUUGACGCUGAUGCAGUAACACAAUUUUUCAAAAAUUUAUGUAUAGUUAAGUCCGACUACAGAGGCCAAUUUGCAUUUGGUUCCAAGCGAAGAAAUUCAUUUUUGGAGUUGCAAGAGCUGUUGCUUGUUUUAACAGAAUACAGCAAUGUGGAAAAAACUGGAACCGUAUAUUCUACCAUUUCGGUUAGAUAUAUUUUAUCUAUUUUCUCUAAGCGAGACACCGACAAAGAUGGUCUACUCAAUAAGGAUGAUGUUUCGAAUAUUGCGUCAUCUUACCCGCGCACCUUGAAUCAAGAAAAAAUUGACUAUUACAUGUUGGAAAAUGAUAUCAAUAAUGACAAUCAUUUGGACAUUGCGGAGUUUUUCCUGACGCUAUUUAAGGAGAAUGUAAAUUUGUCAUUUUUUCAAUAAAAAAUAGGAACUUUGAUGUUUAAAAAUAAUUUUUUAAAACAAUUUUGGCAGUGGUUUGAA